UGAACAUUGCAGACUGAAGCUCAGCGCUAACUUUUAUACGUUCUGCCUUGGCUCCAAAAACCAUUACCUCAGUUUUGUCUUUGUUUAAAAGCAGGCAUAGAUUACUGAUAAAAAAAAAAACAGAUCCAAUGUCAUCAGUGCAAAACAAGCUUUUUUCUUUCAAUCAGUACAAAGUGUUAUGCUUUUCGAAGUGUCAAACUGCAAAUAUUCUUUGUGUAUAGUGUCUAGCCCGUAUACACAAAGAAUAUUAGCAGUUUGUAUGACCUGCCAUUAUUGUAUGAAUUGGUUAAAUGUAAGCAUGUAGUAUAAAACGUCAGAAAAUUGGAAAGGUGCUAUUUAAAAACAACUCCCAUACAGUUUUCUUUCUGUCCAUCUUUAAGCUAAGCUGUUAAGGAACUUCUGCUCAAAAAGUGUGGUUCAAAUGCUUCAGUCAAGUUUUCCAACUGUAUUUAGAAUACUUCAAGAAUUAGCUUGAGGAACUCUUUUGUUCCUCAGUCUGUAAGAUCAGUUUGGGUUAUAAGUAGGUCUCAGUGUACCUGGGAUAAAUGCUUUAAGUAAAAGUAAGCUAUGAAAUAACCUGCAGUUUAUUAUCCACUCUUCAUAGUGUCUGUUGUGAUGUAUGUUUGUAGUAAUGGUUUUCUUUUUUGGUUAAAUGUUGUAUUUGUAUUUGCGAUAGAACACAGGACCCUAGUGGGACAUUAGGAUUCAGACUCUGAGUCUUUACAUCAAUGAUGAUUGGUGCUCAAAAGUCAGUGGCAAAGUGAAAGACAGAGAAUCAGCACUUUUGAAACAGGGCUGAAACAGAGGGGAUUAUGGGAUGCUACAAUGCAUGAUCUGUUUGGUAUUUCGAGCCAAACACUUCAGAGACAUGUUUUGUACAGUAUAUAUCCGAGAACGAUAAUAUAUUGAUGAAAAACAGUACAAUAGGGGACCUUUAAAGAUGCCAGACAGAAUAUCUGCUUAGAAAUGUCUUUGUUUUUGCUGGUAUUUAUAUAAUGAAACCAUUUCCCUCUGCCAAGGAAGUCAUGUUUUCCAUUUGCUUGGUUUAGUUGUCAACAUGAUUAUAGACAAGACUACUUGGACUGAUUUUCAUAAAACUUGGCGGUAAGGUGUAACUAGGAAAGACAGAGUUGAGCAAAAUCACACAGGGAGGAUACACACUUAUUUUUCUCUUUCAUUAACAUUUUGAGAUAUAGUCCUGGCGGAAGUAUGCACCGUGGAAGUUCCUUCUAGUUAAAUGUUUGUUUAAAUUUGGUGACUGUGUGCUUCAUUAUCUAUAUUGCACCUGGUGCGUGAACAGACAGGAUCUGCAAACUGCAUUGAACAACAUCCUUGAUUACUGUCACCCUCUACCUGCACUGUCACAUUAAGGCACAGAAAGCAAGGCAUGACAUGGGCAAACUUUCCCACUCUCUGGCGAACAUGUGACAAGGAGUUUGUGUUGUGACUACAGUCAUUAUUGGAUCAAACACCAUUCAAAGGUUGAACACUGCUUAAGAGACAAUAUUAUUACAAGUUAAACAAACUAUUAUUUACACACCAAAUGAACAUGUAAUGAUCAGUGAUAAACAAAUGUUUGAACAGAUAUUUCUCAAUUAUUAAAUAAUAACUGGUGGAUACAUCUGACUAAAGUUCAGCCUUACUGCAUUGGUUUUAUCUGUGUGGUUACAUGUAUAUCUUGGAAACAAACACAUCGUCAUUUAGUAUUACCUCACAUAGUCGUAGAAGCUCCUCCAUGUGCAAACAGGGCUUUGGGCUACUCCCACAGGGGGACAGCUGCAUGAUGAGAAAGGUGUAUAGUUAUUCCUGUCUGACAGCUUAUACAGAUUGACAGAUAUAGGAUGUUGAAUUAGGGAGGACUGUACUUUGUCAAAUUUCCUCACAACUGUUUGGUUUCAUAGCUGGCCUAUUCCAGAUGUUUUCAUCCGUGUACUUUAAUGGCUCAUUACAUGAAACACAAGUUGCUAUUUGCCAUAAAAAAUAAAUAAUGUAUGCAUACAUGGACAUUUGAGCACAGUUAAUAUUUUGUGUAUAAAACACACCCCAGGCCUAUGCUGUCUCCAAUCAUUUGGAGAGGAAAUAUGUGUAAAGAAAGUAAAGUUCUAUGUUAUGCAAAGUAUGCAAAUAUAACAAUUUGUAUGCUGUAAAAACACACAACGGAAACAAUUUCUACUUCGUCUGGCUGAAAACACUACCACUGUCUAAUUAGUAAUGCAAUCAUGAGCAGCCAGUGCUAAAGUAAGUAUUACAUCUGCAACUAUGAAUACUUGUUGUGAUAAUUAUUGAAUCAUCCAUCAUUUGGUCUGCUUUAAAAGUCACUGUAAAUGUUUGACAUCAGUGCCUUAAAAAAAUGUUAGUUUCUGAGUAUGGCUAAUUACUUGACUCCAAUUAUUCCAGUUUUUGUAUUCAUUAUAUGGCCAUAUAUAUAUAUGUAUAGUUAAUUAGGCCAUGGUUUCUGCUGUUAUUUCGUUUAUUUCAAAUUUCAGGAACAAGUGGAAUCAGUUUUUACCUAUGCAAACUUCUGGGUGAGAGUUAGUCUAGCUUAAAGUACAUUUGCAUGAUAGUCUUGAAUUCUUUUUAGGAGAAGUGUCUUAUUGUGAGCAACCAAUUUUUGCAUAUUUUAACUUGAUUUCUAAAAGAUGUUCCUAAAAUGUGCAAAAACAAGCACAAACGCGCUAAAAGUGCGAACAAAGGCUACACAAAAUAUUUUCAGUGUCUGAAAGUUGCAUAUUCUCUUAAUACAUUGAUGCCUAUAUCCGGUUGUGUGAGCGUGGUUAGCAUGUGCACAUUUUCAACAGAUAUGUAAAUGUUUUCACUGUGUUUGUCAAUUUUUUUCAAUGUCCACUUACCUUACCGUCCUACCACCAGUGGUAUAACUGAGUACAUUUACUCAAGUACUGUACUUAAAUUCAAUUUUCAGAGACUUGAACUUUACUUGAGUAUUUACAUCUUUGCUAUUUGUACUUCUACCCCACUACAAUUCAGAGGUACAUCUUGAACUUUUACUCCGCUACAUUUAUUUAAUACCUUUAGAUACCCUACAGAUUUAAAUUAUUUAUGUGAAAUAUAAUAAACACUUGAAUAAGACUUUAGUUUUACCUGGAGUAAAUACACACCCAGCAGCAAGGUAAUAAAGUUAACCUUUUUUUACUUUGAACUUCUACCCCACUACAAUUCAGAGGUAAAUGAUGUACUUUACUUCACUACAUUUAUUUAGUACCUUUAGUUACUGUGCAUAAAUGGAUUAAUUAAGUGAAAUAUAAUCAACACUUUCAAGACUUUAGUUAUACCUGGAGUAACAUUCAGGUCUCCCUUGAAAAAGAUAUCAAUGAUCUCAAUGGGAUACACCUGGGUAAAUAAAGGUUUGAAAUUCAUAAACUACCCUGCAGUGUACAAGGUACUUGAAAUUAGAUGCAUGUUUUCCAGCUUUAAUGCUAAUGCUUUUGAACUUUCACUCAAGUAAGAUUUUGAUUACAGGACUUUUACUUGUAACUGAGUAUUCCUACACUCUGGUACUUCUACUUAAGUACACGAUCAACAGUAAGUACUUCUUCAAUCUCUACCUACCACAGUCUCCACAGUUUGACCACGUUGAUGCUGGCUCUGUAGUUGCGCCUGCGCACUGUAGGGGGCAACAUCGCGCGGGUCUGUCCACCACAGAACAAGACUGCACAGAGGGAACAACAUUCGCACAUGCGCAUCCAGUCGCUCGUAUUAAAUGGAGGCUGUUUGAAAUGUCUGUAACGUUACUGUGACAAGUUAUUAAAAACAUGCCAUAAUGUUGCAUUAACCUAAUUGGUACGACCGAUAACAGCGGAGACCAUGGGUGAGUUCUCAAACUAUAGUGUCGAUGGUGCUGAGGAAGUGGAGCCUGAGAGAUCCUCAUCUCCAACUGAAACACAGUCGCCUGUAAUGGACCGCAACCCAUCACCCCCUCCAAACGCAGGCGAUGGAGAGGAGGACGGCGAUUUGGAUGCCAUUGGAGACACUGUUUACAGCAAGCACUGGCUUUUCAGCACCCUGACUCGUCUCAUCCAUAUGGUCACCGAGCAUUCGGAGGUUGACUCAGAAGGUCAGAUGCAACUCCCUGAUGAUGAUGAGGAAGAUCUAUGUAGAGUCUGGGAUAUGGCAAUGGAUAAGGAUGUGGCUGGUUUUCUGCAGGAAUUCAAAGCUACAGAUAUCCUUCUUGGGGUGAUAGCCAAAUCUCGUUGUCCACGCCUCACAGAAAUUUGCGUGGGAAUCCUUGGGAACAUUGCUUGUUUCCCUGACACUUGUCUGACUCUAAGUCAAAAUGAAGACCUAGGGGCUGUGCUGUUGCUUCUUCUUGGAGAUACAGAUCCUCCAACCAUUCUGGAAACGAGCAGAUUGUUGCUGACCUGCGUCUCUCAGAAAGAUGUCUGUUCCCUGUGGCUUCAGCGAAUACGACAGCAGAUGUCUGUGCGCUCCAACCUACUUUUCGUCAUGUGCAGUUCCACGAACACUGACCUGCUUGAGAAAGUUGGGGAGCUGGUUGAUAAACUGUUUGACCUUGAUGAAGAGCUGAUGACGAGUUGGAUAACAGCUCAACAAAAUGAGGAGGAGAAGGAGGGGGAUGGUGAGAGACAUCUGGAGAUGGCAUCGUGUCUCCUGGAGGCAGCCAAACAGCUAAGAUCAGAGAGUCCGAAUGGCUUGGAGGUUUACCUUCACACCCUCCAACUCCUCACCACCAUAGAUGAGGGCAUUCAGACUUUUGCUGCACCUGAUGGACCCGGCAAAGCAGUGUGGGAAUUUGUCAGUGACGUUGUGUGUGAGGAUCUCUGCCAGCCAACGGAUCUCCCUGUUGUCCUGCAGGAGCAGAAGAGCAUCCUGGUUCAGGCCUUCGCUGUGCUCCAGGCUCUGUAUAGAUGCCAGGAGCAGUGGUGCGACAGAAGUGACAUAAGUAUUUCCCUAAUUGGAACCGUUUUGCGGGUGCUUCAGUACCAAAGUGAGGGCAAAGAUGACGCUACCAGCAGAGACGCCACAAAAGACGAACAGCUGCAGACCCUAGCAGAGAUCACAGCUGAGUUUCUAGCUGACAUCUGCAUUCAGAUUCCCCAGGACACCGUGGCAGAUUUGGUGAAGGAAGGUCAUCUUACAGAGAAGACUGCUCUCUCAGCUGCAGGCACUUUGGUUCCCAACUUUAAGACUUCAUUUCAGCACCUGCAGGCCAUGCUGUCUCAGGUUGAUCCCCAAAUGGCAGACGUGGUGAGGAAACAGUUUCCUGUCUGAGGCCGAUCAGUGUUCAGCACUCGUCCAGACUCAUCGCUGCUUUUUAUAGACGCCUCUAUUUCCAACAAAAGAUCCUGCUUCAGGUCGUGCUAGUUGGAUUUCCACUGGAAAGACUAGACGAGGAUGUCCCACAGGGUCAGAGACAUCAUGAGUGGACAGUGUUUCAGACAUUGUGUCUUUUCUCUUUGGUGCAAAAUUCAAUUGUGUUUCUGUUUCUGUUCUUUGAAUGAUAUUUUUUUAUGAAAUAAUUGACAGUCUUUUAAUAAAAGAUCUUUCUUUUUGCAUAGACAUUUUUACUGAAUUAUUAUCAUGAUCUUGGCAAUCGGGAGAGUCCCUCACCGACAAAAGGCAAUAAAAAAAAAUAAUAAAGUUAAAUAAAUUACAAUUAGAAACUCAUACAGUGGUGAGAGAUUUAGUCUGCAAUCAAAUGAAUCAAUCCAUUUUUUUGGCCUCAUCUUUAAAAAGGAAGUCGUGUGCCUAUACUUUGCAAUGUUCUGAGCAUAAACCCAGAUACAAUCUCCACCAUUGCAUCGACCCAAUCUUUCCAAUCGAGAAUUUAAUCUGUUUUCUAAAUAAUAAAUAUGAAUAAAUCUGGAGGAUGUAAUCA